CCGCCGCCCGCAGCCCCGAAGCCCGAACAAGACCCCUGGAGGUGAAGGAUACUCCACUCCUACCAGCACUUUGAAUGAAAAUCUCUUUCUCUGCCACACACUGAACACUGUUUGUUUGUUUCCUUGUGGAGGAGUUGAAACAAACCUCACCUUGUGGCCUAGCAGCUAUGCAGCUUGAAAUCCAAGUAGCACUCAAUUUUAUUAUUUCCUAUUUGUACAAUAAGCUUCCCAGGAGACGCGUCAACAUUUUCGGUGAAGAACUUGAAAGACUUCUUAAGAAGAAAUAUGAAGGGCACUGGUAUCCCGAAAAGCCAUACAAAGGAUCAGGGUUUCGAUGCAUCCACGUUGGGGAGAAGGUGGACCCGGUCAUUGAGCAGGCGUCCAAGGAGAGCGGCUUGGACAUCGACGAUGUGCGUGGCAACCUGCCCCAGGACCUGAGUGUGUGGAUCGACCCCUUCGAGGUCUCCUACCAGAUCGGCGAGAAGGGGCCCGUGAAAGUGCUUUACGUGGAUGACAGUAAUGAAAACGGAUGUGAGUUGGAUAAGGAGAUCAAAAACAGCUUUAACCCUGAGGCGCAGGUCUUCAUGCCCAUCAGCGACCCAGCCUCGUCCGUGUCUAGUUCUCCAUCGCCUCCCUUUGGUCAUUCUGCUGCUGUGAGCCCUACCUUCAUGCCCCGCUCCACCCAGCCUUUGACCUUCACCACUGCCACUUUCGCAGCCACCAAGUUCGGCUCCACCAAAAUGAAGAACAGCGGCCGGAGCAACAAGGUGGCACGCACGUCCCCCAUCAACCUGGGCCUGAACGUGAGCGACCUUCUGAAGCAGAAAGCCAUCUCCUCCUCCAUGCACUCUCUCUACGGGCUGGGCCUGGGGAGCCCGCAGCAGCCCCCCCUGCAGCAGCAGCAGCAGCCCCAGCCCCAGCCCCCCACCCAGCCCCCCGCCCAGCCUCCUCCCCCGCCGCCACCCCCACAGCAGAAAACCUCUGCACUUUCUCCCAACGCCAAGGAAUUCAUCUUUCCCAAUAUGCAAGGGCAGGGGAGCAGCAGUGGGGUGUUCCCAGGGGACGGCCCCUGUAACCUGGGUCCCCUCCAGUACAGCAAUGCCUUUGAUGUGUUUGCAGCCUACGGGGGCCUCAAUGAGAAGUCUUUUGUAGAUGGCUUGAAUUUUAGCUUAAAUAACAUGCAGUAUUCUAACCAGCAGUUCCAGCCUGUCAUGGCUAACUAAAAAGAGAAAUGCAUCCUACGAGUUCAAAUGCACGGGCCCAAGGGGGAUUUUUCUUUUUCUUUUUCUUUUUUUUUGUGGAACCUCCUUGAGAUUUCUUUUUUCUUCUAAGCUUAUAGUAAGGAUACAUUCAGGCUUGGUUACAAAAAUAAAACACGCAUCAUUUUUCAUUUGCCAACCAAGCACAAAGUUAUUUUAUACUGACUGUAUAUUUUAAAGUAUCCGCUCAGAUAUGGCCUCUUACAGUAUUUAAGGUAGAGCAAGGACAUGGCUGAUUUUUUUUUUUAUAAAAAAUUGGCACUAAUAAGUGGGUUUAUUGGUCUUUUCUAAUUGUAUAAUUUAAUUUAGUACAAAGUUUGUAAAAUAUCAGGAUAUAUAUAUUGUUUCUACGACAUGGUAUUGCAUUUAUAUCUUUUUACUACAGUGACCUGUGAGAGCAGAAGCUUCAUGUUGUAUUUUUUUUACUGAAAUUGUAAAAUAUCCAUCUUAAAGACAUCAACUAUUCUCAAAAUUGUGUACAGGAUAUUCCUUUAGUGGUGGAAUUAAAAAUGUACGAAUAUUUGCUUUUUCAAAAAAAAAAUGUAUUUUCUGUUAAAGGUUUAAAGAUUUUUGCUAUAUAUUAUGGAAGAAAAUGUAAUCGUAAAUAUUAAUUUUGUACCUAUAUUGUGCAAUACUUGAAAAAAACGGUAUAAAAGUAUUUUGAGUCAGUGUCUUAAAUGUUAGGAGGGACUGAAAUAGUUUAUAUUAAGUUUGUAUUAAAAUUCUUUAAAAUUAAAAA